AAAGGGGAUAGGUAUGUCACGUGUCGAUAUCACGCAGCUUGUCAAUGCCAAGACUCCACCGGGUCGUCAUCAGCCUCAUCAAUUCAAUCAAUCUAUCCCCUAAGCUCGGAACUCCAGCCAGAGCUAACGACUGACUUGUUCCUUUCCAUUAAACACCAUUCCAUCCAUAUCUCGGCCUUCGAUAGGUCUUGUUGAUUCGACAACCCGUUUUCCAAACGCUCGCGACCAUGGAGGAUGACCGCCUCUUCAAGUUCCGCAGGCCUGCUUGGCUUAACAGCGCCUGGGCGCGCGGCGCGGGCGUGUAUUCGGCGGGUGCGCUGUUCUCGCUCGCAUUCUACAUCCUAAUCGACGCAGCGGUAUGGUCGAAAUCACCGCUCAACGGCUCCGACGUGCACGUGACGUUUGUGGACUGGUUGCCGCUGAUCUUCAGCUCGCUGGGCAUGCUGAUCAUCAACUCGGUGGAAAAGGCGCGCUUGUCGGCCGACUCGUUCUCGUACAGCGGCUCGGGCGUCGCGUGGAAGGCGCGCGUCGUGCUGUUUCUCGGUUUUGCGGCGCUGGCGGGUGGUAUGGCGGGGGGUGUGACUGUGUUCGUGCUUAAGUUUGUCGUGCCGAAUGUGGGCUGGCCGAUGAUGGGGAUGGGCGUGGAGAAUGUUGUUGCUAAUGGGUUGGUGAUGCUGAGUUCGGUUGUGCUAUGGGUUAGUCAGAAUAUGGAGGACGAGUAUAGCUAUAACUUGUCUCUGUAAGGAGGGCGAGAGUUGAAGGGACCCUAUUGUGAGGGGUUUGGUAGGGAGACUUGCGUGAGGAGACCCCGAAGCUCGAGAUAAUAGGGGGGUUACGGCACUAGGAUAGAUGCCUAGUCGCUGGGAAGAUUGAUAUACUACUUAUUGUACAACACGGUAGACGCGGCAUCGCGGCAUGGGACUGGUCUAGGCGAGGCGAAACUAGGCGUGUAGUAAUUCAGGGUUUGUUUAACUUUCUUC